UUCGGAUCGAAAACAUCACAUCACGCAGUUCUUCGUGCAAAUUUUUACCUGCGUGCCGUCGAAAUUUAGUGCAAAUUGAAAUCGUUUACGUGUUUUAACACUGGUUCUGCAAACCUGAUAAUUUUUAAGUUGUUAACAUUGCCUACGGUUAUGUGAAUCUGUGUACAUAUUUGGUUUUUUUCUCGAGACGAUAAUUCGACUGCACAUUCUUCGAUAAGCUCGGGCCUUCAACGCGGGCGGGAUGGUCACGAUGGAGCCGCUCCAGUACUGUCCCAACAAUGUGUCGAUGUCGGUGGUUUGGUUCGACCACGGCAUCUCCCAGUGUUUUCUGGAUACUGUUUCGGCCGGCACGAUCGGUGGUUUCCUACUGAUUUUCGGUACCUUGCAGCUGAUUAUGUAUCGACGCCAUGGGACCGCAAUCAAUCCGGAUCACAUAUGCAGCUCGAAGAUGUACAAUUUCCAGCUCUUCUUGCUGAUCCUGUUGCCACUGUUGGCUUUGGUUCGCUUUGUGCUGGAAGGUUUCAUCUUUGAAGGAGCUCGAGUCUAUGGGUUCAUGAUAGUUUCGCUCAGUGUGACGCUGUUCAUGUAUCCUUACUCGAUCUUGCUGUUGGUAAAAGAGCGACACUACUUGCUGCCUUCAGUUCCCACCCGAGGUCAUGGAUUGGUCCUGCUCUUGUUUUGGACUAUGCUGUUCAUAGCUCAAAACGUGGUCUUCGUAAACUUGAACUACGAAAAAGCCUGGUUCCAUCUGACGACAAUUCAGGACAAGGUGGAAUUUACACUGUUCGUGCUUCGAUACACCUCCACAUUGUUCAUUUUCGUCAUCGGCCUGCGAGCCCCGGCCAUUACUUCGACCAUGAUGAACGAAGAAUAUCAGAACUUUGUCCAAGACAAUCCGGAAAAUCAAUCGACGUUCCGCAACGCUUGGACUAAGCUCUGCACCCUGAUGCCAUUCUUGUGGCCGAAGAAAGAUGGAUUCCUGCAAGUACGAGUCAUCUUUUGCUUUGCCCUUCUCCUGGCCGGUCGAGCAAUCAACCUUUUCGUCCCUAUUUACAACAAAAAAAUCGUCGACAGUUUGUCAGCCCAACCGAUUCAAUUUCGUUGGGAUUGGAUCCUGCUAUACGUAGGCUUCAAAUUCCUACAAGGCGGUGGAACCGGCUCAAUGGGACUCCUGAACAACCUUCGCAGCUUCAUGUGGAUCCGAAUUCAACAGUACACAACCCGGGAAAUUGAGGUCGAACUUUUCCGGCAUCUGCACAGCCUAUCGCUACGAUGGCAUUUGAACCGAAAAACUGGGGAAGUCUUGCGGGUGAUGGAUCGUGGAACAGAUAGCAUCAACAACCUACUCAACUACAUCCUGUUCUCGAUUGCACCAACCAUUGUCGACAUCCUGGUUGCGGUCGGUUUCUUCAUUCUCUCCUUCAACUGGUGGUUCGGGUUGAUUGUUUUCAUUACUAUGUCUCUUUAUAUAGCGGCAACAAUUGUCGUGACCGAGUGGCGAACCAAGUUCCAGCGGCGCAUGAAUCUGGCCGAUAAUGCACAGAAAGCGAGAAGCGUUGAUUCUUUGUUGAAUUUUGAAACCGUCAAAUACUACGGAGCUGAGCAGUACGAGGUCGAUUGCUACCGGGAGGCUAUCCUUAAAUUCCAGGAUGAAGAAUGGCGCUCGUCUAUUACCCUGAACAUUCUGAACACGAUGCAGAACAUUAUCGUGUGCGGUGGCUUGCUGGCCGGUUCGCUGCUCUGUGCCUAUCUGGUGGUCUACCACGAAGGACUAACCGUCGGUGACUACGUCCUGUUUGCCAGUUACAUUAUUCAGCUGUACGUACCCCUGAACUGGUUUGGAACGUUCUACAGAGCUAUCCAGAAGAACUUUGUGGACAUGGAGAACAUGUUCGAUUUGAUGAAGGAGGAUCAAGAGGUGAUAGAUGCCCCGGGAGCUGGAGAACUGGCAGUUAUUCGAGGGGGCUCAAUCGAUUUCUCCGAUGUUACUUUCGGGUACAAUCAGGAACGGUUUGUGCUGCGGAAUGUAAGCUUCUCGGUUCCCGCCGGUAAAACGGUUGCCUUGGUAGGUCCAUCGGGUGCCGGAAAGAGUACCAUCAUGCGAUUGCUUUUCCGCUUUUAUGACGUUGAAAGUGGAUCGAUUUCGAUCGAUGGACAAAAUAUUAAAACCGUACGACAGGAUUCGCUGCGAAAAGCCAUUGGAGUAGUGCCCCAGGAUACUGUGCUGUUCAAUAAUAGCAUCAAAUACAACAUCCAAUACGGGCGAAUCGAUGCUCCAGAUGUGGAUAUUAUAACGGCAGCCAAAUCGGCCGAUAUCCACGACAAAAUUAUGGCUUUCCCGGAGAAGUACGAAACGCAGGUUGGUGAGCGAGGCCUGCGAUUGAGUGGUGGAGAGAAACAACGAGUUGCCAUAGCAAGAACUAUCCUUAAAUCACCGUUCAUCGUUUUGCUGGACGAGGCCACCAGUGCGCUUGAUACACAAACCGAACGUAACAUUCAAUCCGCACUGGCCAGGGUUUGCGCCAACCGAACAACGCUGAUUAUUGCCCACCGGCUGUCAACGAUCAUCCAUUCGGAUGAAAUUCUUGUUCUAAAGGAUGGCAUGAUUGUCGAAAGAGGUCGCCACGAAGAACUGCUAGGAAAGCACGGGGUCUAUGCGGACAUGUGGAACCAACAGCUCAAAAAUUUAGAUUCCACAAAGGACGGAGACACCGAUGUUCCUGCGCUGACCAAUGGAAGUGCAAAAUCGGGCGGUAAUGCAGCAGCCGGUCAACCUCGCCAUCCUCACCACCAUUAGGAGAUUGUAUAAGUAAGAUUACAGAACUUUCUGGAGGAACUUUAUAAUAAUUUUUCUUUAAAUUACCUGGAACCAACGACAAAAGUUGCGAGUUGGUUGAAUGUCGAAACUGAACAAAAAUCAUUAAGUUUUAAAAAGGGUGUUUUCUUCAAACAGUUUGUGUGGGCAGUGAAAUACAAGAACAGAUUAAGAUCAUUCUUUCUGAAAAACAAUUCUAUAAUUUCAAUUUCAUUUGACCGAAUGCUGUGGAUUCGUUCCAUGUUUUAUAGAAUAUUUGAAAAAAAAAAGGCCUGAUGAUAAGAUUUAAAAAAAGUUGACAAAUUGUGGUAGCAAUGUGAUAGGGGUAGCUAGUGGAUAAUUUUACAUUUCAAAAGAAUAGAGAAUAUAUUAAUCGAUAGAUACCUUUUUGUACCUACUACUUAUUUAACUUGUUCGCUUUGUAGCAACCAUCAUAUGAAUUACGUAUCAUUUCGUUUUCAUCAGUAAAGUAGGUUUAUGACAA